GCAGGGGCACCUCGCACAUGUCUUUCACGAACCCCCACGCCAUAUAUCACCGCAUCAUCUUGUAACAUACCACCACACUACAACUCUAAUGCUCGACAAAAUUAUCCCAAAGUCCUCCAGCGAUCCGAUCAAGUGUGGUAAGAAGGAAGUUCAAUCGUGGGGUUUUAAACACGUCUUCACUUGGACGGACGGACCUAACACACACUAUAAACCACACACACAUAACGGGCUCACGACUCACCUUAUCAUCAAUGGCGAAUUCACGAUGUGCUAUCCGGAAGAGGAACCGGGAAACAAGACGACAUUCGGACCCGGUGCACGAGUCGACGUCCCUGCCGGCAAGGUACAUGAAGUUUGGGUUGGGGGAAAGGGCUGCACAUACGUCAUUGGCGAAUGUGCCUGAUGUCCAGUGGAAGCCAUAAACUGCCAAACAUGUAUCUGUAUCCCGCGAACAAGCACACUUGCAGUCGUUCUCAUGUACGUGCAC